AAAUUUUACUUCAAUUUAAAAAAAAACUAACUUCAAAUUAAUUUAAAAAGCCUACAAAUUAAGUAAUCAUGGCUCUCGCUGCUGGCAAAUUAAUUACACGCCAAACUCUCUGGAAAGUCCUUGAAUUCCAACCCUUAACAAUAAGCAAACGUACAACCACUCAAGAUUAUACAAACACCAUGUGUGGUAAACGUGAAUAUGUAGGAUUUGGCGUAAAUGGUUCACCGACUUAUGUGGACCUCUUGGAAUUUCCCAUACCAGCCAUACGUUUUCAAGAACCCACUCCCGAAAUAUGUGCCCUUAGGAAGAAAGAGGAAGAGGAUUGGAAGAAAUUGUCUAAGGAUGAGAUUAAGCGCUUGUAUCGUUACAGUUUCUGUAAGACAUUUUCAGAGAUGAAGGCCCCCACUGGUGAAUGGAAAUUACAUUUGGGCGUGGGCUUAUGGGCCUGUACAAUUGCUUUACUCUUUACCUAUGCAGUCAAUGUUUAUCAUCAAGAUUUGCCCGAUACAUUUGCCGAAGAUAGGCGUCAAGCUCAGUUAAAGAGAAUUAUUGCAUUGGAAAUGAAUCCUAUAAACGGGUUAUGUUCGAAGUGGGAUUAUGAAGUUGGAGAUUGGAAGUAGUUGGAUAUUGUUUUGUAAUUGUUAAUAAAUUUUAUUUUUCUGUAUAAAUAAAUACAUAUUUGAUGUUA